AUGAUUCGAAAAAUUAAUAAAAUAGAAAAUGUUGGUCGAUUUCGUUCAUAUGUAAGUUGCUAUCCAGAUGAAGUUGUCUUUAAGAAGCUAACCGUGAUCUAUGGCUCAAAUGGUAGUGGUAAAACGACACUGGCAGCUAUUUGCCGUUCCUUGACGAGCGGUGAGCCUGGUGGAAUAGUGAAACGUAAUUCAGCUAUUCAGUACUCACCCAAUUCAACAGCACUUGCUACAGCAGAUACCUCAAAUAAAAUAGUCCCCGCAUUACAAUCUUCGCAAUGUAUUGAAAUUCUCGAUUAUGAUGAAACUGGUUACAAAUACGAAAAAGAGAAAUGGAGUAAAACUUUUCCGAACAUUCAAGUAUUUGACAGCCAUUUUUGUAAAGAAUUCUUUGCAAGCUUGAAGCCAUCACUCAGCUUAUGUAGUGGUAAUCGAUUUACUGCGCUACGAAACGAAACUAAAACUGUUCUUCUUCAGAAUUGGGAUGCAUUGGAUAAUAAGAGUGCCGAGGCGAUACCGAUUGAAUUUAAUGAUGAUGUUAUUAAAAAGCGAAAGAAAAAAGUAGAAGGUGAAACCAUCACAUAUGAUAUAACUGGAAAACAUCCUCUGGCAACAUCAAAACCAAUUAAUGCAGAGUUUCUCAGUGAAGGUGAUCGUAGUGCCAUUGCCCUAGCAUGUUUUCUGACGAAACUUGAUUAUGCUAUUGAGGACUCACCGAGUCCAGUGGCAAGACCGACAUUGGUGUUUGAUGACCCCGUUACAAGUUUUGAUUCUCAUAGACGAGAUGUAACAAUUGAAAUUAUUCGUGAUCUAUUAUUUAAAGAUGCUAUCUUACAAGCUAUUGUUCUCAGUCAUGAUGCACAUAUUUUGAAUGACUUACUCAUCAGUGUGAGCAAGAAGCAGGAGAACAGUGGUGUUAGAACUGUCACAACAGCUGAAUUUGAAAUCAAGCUUAAUGAUAUUGAAAAAACAUCAAGUUUAGUGUAA